ACUGUACCUUUUUUUUAUAUACCGAAAGACCCCUACAGCGCCUAAUACCAUAGCACACGCAGCUGGCAAAAUUGAUGUCAGACACUAGUAUAGGGCGAGACCUAUCACACGACAUCACUUGUACUACCAAGAUCUUCCCAAAUGACACUGGGGGCAAUUGAAGAGCCUUGAAUUACUUCUUUUGUCAGUUUAAUAGGACGAUUGUAAAGUCUCCACCUUCUAGUCACCGUUAUCAGUUCUCAUUCUUGAAGUAGUUACAAAACUAUUUUUCUCUCCAAAAGUCUCCAAAAAUCUCAGAAGUUCCCAACAGACGAAAUGGAAGAGAUACAGAUUCCAGAACGCAUGUUUGCCGCUGGUGAAAAACCUGCUGGAGAGAGAGUGAACACCUACCACAAACCCAAGAGAAUUGAUUCCAUAAUUGAAGUCUUGGAACCUGAUGAAGUCGAGUUUAUGCGGAAUACAACCUUUGGGAAGAUCAUUUCGCAAGCAGAAAACCCUUCGUUUUCAGGUACCUUUGGUCAGUUCGUCAUUGUGCGUAUGCUCUGGGUGAAGAAAAAAUACGAGAUCUGGUUCUUGUUCGCUGGUAAACCUAUUAGGAUGUCUCUUCAAGAGUUUGCUCAUGUAACUGGGCUUAAUUGCAACAAGAUUAUCAAAAAGAACAUCAAAAGGAAGAAGAAUCCUAUUACAGAGAAGCUAUAUUGGGGUGAACUCUUUGGGUCUCUCAAGUUCUGUCCAGUUGAUGCAGCGAUAGAAAUGCUGAAAAAGAAGAAGGUUAAAGACCGCGAGAUGCGGCUGAAGUAUGCAUGUCUUGCAUUCACGUCAUGCUUUUUACUUCCGACAUCUCACCUCCCCCGUAUUAUCCCAGAGCACGUUGAAUUGAUUCGUGACUUCAGUGAGUUUCUUGCUUAUCCCUGGGGGAGAGUAACAUUUGAGAUGCUGGUAACUGGAAUCAAGAAGAAAGACGAAAUCUUACUCUCCCAAUCCAGUAUUGCAUUGCCUGGAUUCGUAGAUGCCAUUCAACUUGUAUUCAUGGCUGCCGUUCCUCAGAUUAAAGAGGUUGUCCCGCAGUCAGAACCUGUUGUUGUGAUUGAGUCUGACAGUGAAUCUGAGUCGGGAUGUAAUGACACUGAAGCUGAAGUAGAAGAAGAAACAGAUGCCCCAGCGCCACAGCCCAAGACGGUCUGAUACUAUGUCAACCCAACUCACGCCAGAGACCUAGAUGAGGAGGCAAAGACGGAGGUCAUAUCCAUGAUUGAGGAUACUACACACUCGCGUAAUCAGUUGGAGUGGGAUGACGAGGUCGACGAUGAGACUGUCGAUAACCUUGUCCGCCUAAUUCAAAAUGGCAAAGUUUUCAACAAGGCAAUGUUUGUUGGGGGCUUAACCGGCAUCGAUCUGUCUCGUAUGAGGGCUGAAAAGAAACAAAAAGAAAAAGAGGGUAAAGAUAAAAAGGAACCAGAGAGCCUACCCGACGUUCUCGCUACGGAUGCAGUUGACAUUGGUGCUUCCAGCCGUAUUGCAAACUUUAUUGCAGGCAUAAUUAACAAGAAAAUCGCGGAUGCUUUAUCAUGGGAAGCUGCAAAAAUCGAGCAGAUUCUUGGCAAAGUUAUUAUAGCUCAACGUGAGAAGAUGGAGGGUGCAGUGAUUCGGAGCAUCAUUGGUUUUCUUGGAAAACAAAUGUCUACCGCAGUGCGCGAGGAAGACACUAGUGGGAGAGGACAGAGCGGGAGAGAAAAUGUUGACGCUGCCAAUUCUGCGGGACCGUUGCUAUCACCUAAAGAACAUGGAAAUCAAUCAGGUGGGGCGUGGUCGCCACUAACAAGGAAAGAGCCAUUGCUACACGGUGAGGACAACGAUAGCCAAUUACGAGCGGACGAGGUAAUAAACAAGGUGAUCAAUGAUGUUCAAGAGUUCUCAAUCCCAAAUGAUUUAACGGCAACAGAGAAUAGUCACAACCUCCCUUUGGGCGUAGCUACAGAUCACGAAAGCGUGGAACAUGUUGUGGUUACGGAAGUGGAAGGAUUUAACGUCACCCCCAUAGUAUCUCAGGAGCACACAUCCCGCAUUGCUCAACUGCCUACAGUCGAUGAAGAAGAGACACUAGCCGACACCGAGGUGGCACAGUUGUGAUCCGCUCCACCGCACCUCCUACAAGUACUUGGGCGACGCCAACGGAGACCACUCUGCAUAAUCAAACCAGUGUGUCAAGAUAUAGUAAUAAGGACCGAUAAACAAAUUAACUGUUAAACUAGAAUGUAAAUUUUCCAAAAA